AAAAACACAGUCAUAACAGCAGGAGUGAUCUCACCUCUUCUCCACCCCCCAAUAUCGCUUCUUUUUUACGACCGAGCGCGCGAAGAGCUGACGACUAACGUUAAAUAGGUCCUUUUUAAAGUGGGGUUCCGUGCUCAGGACCACUGAACGGCCAUGGAAGAACUUACGGCGUUCGUCUCGAAAUCUUUCGAGCAGAAAACCAAGGAGAGCAGCAAGGAGAGUAUCACGUACAGGGAAGUUUUGGAGAGUGGCUUGGCGCGGGCUAGGGAGCUGGGGAACUCGGAGACAAGUCUACAGGACAUAACGGAAGGCAGCAACCACUGUCCGGUACAUCUAUUCAAGGAGCACGUAGAGGUAGAGAAAGAAAAACUGAAGGAGUUUAACGUUUCACGGGCCACGGAAGGGAUAUAUGAGUGUAAAGAGAAGAAGGAGGACGUAAAGUCCGAGGACGAGGACGCACAGAGCAAACUGAAGCAGCGGCGGAGCAGGACAAACUUUACCCUGGAACAGCUCAAUGAGCUGGAGCGCCUGUUCGACGAAACGCACUACCCCGACGCCUUCAUGCGGGAAGAGCUGAGCCAGAGGCUGGGACUGUCAGAGGCAAGAGUACAGGUUUGGUUUCAAAACAGAAGAGCGAAAUGUCGAAAACAAGAAAACCAGAUGCAUAAAGACACCUCUUCAUACUUUCCAGGUGUCACUCUGGGAAUUGCCAGUCAUCUGGAUGCCUGCAGGGUAGCUCCGUAUGUCAACAUGGGAGCGCUACGGAUGCCUUUUCAACAGGUCCAGGCCCAGCUCCAGUUGGAGGGCGUGGCUCACUCCCACCAUCACCUGCACCCUCACCUGGCGGCGCAUGCACCCUACCUGAUGUUCCCGCCCCCGCCCUUUGGACUACCAAUCGCCUCUCUCGCGGACUCGGCCUCUGCAGCGGCGGCCGUGGCGGCGGCUGCCAAGAGCAACAGCAAGAACUCUAGCAUCGCUGACCUCCGACUCAAGGCAGGACUUCUGCGGGGCCAGUGGCUCAGUCCACUCCAGGCACACAUCACAAGUCCAGGACCGUACAAACACAUGUGGAUGUCUGUCUGAGCCGAGGGCCAGGGCCGGGCCAGGCCAGACCGGGAGACUUUAGAACAAAGCAAACUGGCAAAGCAGGCAAGCAGGGCCAAAUACUAGAGCCUCACUGAUGCCAAUGCCGUCCCGUUGACUUUACACACUAUUGUGUUGUUUGGGAAAAGACACUGACACCACGAGGCACCGGACCUGCUCUAAACAUUACACACAAAAAAGACAAAGAAAAAAAAUGUAGAAAAAAAGAGAAAAGAAAUGGCCAUGUUCUCUGUGUAACCCACUGUGUUGUUUCCUGCCGCUGCCCAGUGCAUGAGUUCUAUUGGAGGACUGCAGACGUAUCACAGAGCCUGGCCAUGUUGUAUCAGACCGUUGUUUCACUGCCAUUCAAACUUCCCACUAUAUAUACUCUCAUCCACAAAGUGAAAGAUCAUUGGGGUUUGAUUUCCUUUAAACUGUGGACUGACAGGAAUAGGCUAAUCUAAUCCCUUACUUUUCUGCUUUUGGAGGAUGGAAAGUGUAAAUGUGUUUUGCUGGGAAUGAGUCCAAAAGAAGUUUUCUUUUUGCUGUUCUCCUCACAUUGUUCUCUCUCUCUCUAGCUUUCUUUCUUUCUUUCUGUUUAUCGUGACGUUUCUUGGGAAUAGAAGUGAAGAUAUUCUUUGCACUUCAGGUCUUGUAUGUGGGAGUUGACAAAGAGCACUACAAGCAGAUACUACUUUACUAAACGAGGGUGGGGAAAAGGAACCGAUUUGGGUUUUUAUCAUGUCAUCGAAAAGAGACGCUCACAAAAACGUUUCGAAGGAUAAAGGGUAUAACUGCAAUUUUUUUUGUAAUUUUGAAAAUAUGAAGGAAGCAUCUGUUAAACUGAAAUGCAAUUGUGCGCAGUUUAAGUGCAAUACUGUAAAUAUGAAGGAAAAAAAGAGAGAGAAAAAAAAAGCUGUUCAUUGUUAGAGAUAAACAAAUGAUUUGCAGUGAUUUGUUUCAGGCACUGAUGAAUCCGUGUGUUGAAUUUCUUUCCAAAACAGACCCGUUUUUUUUCUAAAGCAUUGUAUAUUACGUUAUGUUGCGAACUCAUCCUCAAUCAUGUGCCAUAACCCCAGAAAUGCAAUGGUUUUCAAACGUAGUUUUGUACACAUCAGGAAACUAUAAUAACUUGUUGAGGUAGACAUGAGCACCUGGGUUUGAUGCUGAAAUUGAUCAUUGAAAGUAGGAUCUGAAAUCAUUGAUCGUAAUCUAUUGUAUUAACACGGGACAAAGCAUUAUGUCAAAUUCCACCAAAGAUUCUAACGAAUGUUACAAUUGAUGUUAUAGGAACUAUAAAACCAUGGCAGUGUUGUAGAGACAGUUUGGUUUUCUUUAGGCCUGUACAUGUUCAAAUUGCAUUUAUUUGCAUGCUCAUGUCGCAGUUUCAUGGUUUAACAACCUAAAUAAAUAAUGCCUACUAGCGAGUAUUAUAUUUGAAACAUUUGCAAAUUCAAAGGAUAAUGUUUUGGAAAUGUUUUGUGUCAUUGAGAAACAGAUCCUAGUAAGGUCUACCUCAAACAAUGUUUUACCGACACUUUCUCUGUUCUCAAACCCACCAUUUACAGUUUGUUUAGCAAUGUCUCCAUUUUAAAUUAAACAUUAUGGGUGCUUUUAUUUAUUAUUUUUGUCUGGAAGUUUAUACAAUUAAAAAAAUAGUUGAAAUACAAGUGUACAUUUUGACAUGGCUUUGCAUUUAUUUUUGUAUGUUUUUUUUUUUUAAAUGUUACAUUUGCAACGGAAGAUGCGUGGCUGUUGUGCAUUGUUUGCCUAAAAUGUAGCGUGUCAGCGUUUACAAACAUUUCAGGGAUGAUUGAGUUCGACUAAGCUCCAUGGAAUUUGUUAUACCCACCACAAGUAUUAUCGUUUCAUAUGCAAGCAUGCCUAAACAUGAUUCACUAUACAGUUUGUAUUUUUUUCCUUUUGAUUCACAAAAUAUGAAUGUACAAGUAAACUAUCAAUAAAGUUAUAAAUAUUUGUA